AUGUUGGCGGACAGCGGCGGGGCCGCCUCCCGGGCCGGGGCAGGAGCCGCGCUCGGGAAGUACGGCCGCGCGGCGCGCCCUCCUGGUUCCAGCCCUGCGCCGGGGGCUCCGGGGGGCCUCUGCCCGCGGCCGGGCGGCUGCGGGACGGCAGGGAGAAGGGGUAAGAUCGUCACUGAGUGGACUGCUUACAAACCUCCAGGAUGGGAAAAUAGCGGGUGGAAGGGAGAGCGCAGAGAGGAAAAGCGAUCCCUUAGUGUGGCUUUCAAGAAAAUGCCGCUGCAACGAGGGCGGGAACGCAGGAGUGGGUCUUCUCUUUGCCUGGGUCUGGGCGCCGCUCCGCCCUGGGCGGGGACGGCGUCCCGGAGGUCGGCGACCCUCCCCAGUGCCGAGGCCGUGCGGAGCGCGCGCCCCUCACCCGCGCCGGCUCGCGCCCGGGACCCGUGCUGCCCAUCGGGGAGGGUGCCCGCCCCCCGCGCCCCUGCCCACACCUUCCCUUCGCAGCCUGAGGGACGACCCUGGCCUGACCGCCGCGGGGCACCGAGGCCCGAGGAGGCCGCACCCGGCGCCGCGCGUCCCCGCGCGCCCUCCCGCGCCCGCCCGGCCCCGGCGCCGGCCCUGCUGCGCCCCCGCGCGCCCCCCGCAGCCCGCGUGCGGGCGCCCGGCCGGGGCCCCCCGCUGACCAUGCCCGGGCGCCGGGGGGCGCUGCGCGAGCCGGGCGGCCGCGGGCCCUGCCUGGGGGCUGCGCUGGCCCUCCUGGUGCUGCUGCCCGCCGGCCGCCCGGCGCUCGCGCAGAACGACACGGAGCCCAUCGUGCUGGAGGGCAAGUGCCUGGUGGUGUGCGACUCGAGCCCGUCGGCGGACGGCGCAGUCACCUCGUCCCUGGGCAUCUCGGUGCGCUCCGGCAGCGCCAAGGUGGCCUUCUCCGCCACGCGCAGCACCAACCACGAGCCGUCCGAGAUGAGCAACCGCACCAUGACCAUCUACUUCGACCAGGUCCUGGUAAAUAUUGGCAACCAUUUCGAUCUUGCCUCCAGUAUAUUUGUAGCACCGAGAAAAGGGAUUUAUAGUUUCAGCUUUCACGUGGUCAAAGUGUACAACCGACAGACCAUCCAGGUCAGUUUAAUGCAGAACGGCUACCCAGUGAUCUCAGCAUUUGCAGGGGACCAGGACGUUACCAGAGAAGCUGCCAGCAACGGCGUCCUGCUGCUGAUGGAAAGAGAGGACAAAGUGCACCUCAAGCUGGAGAGGGGCAAUCUCAUGGGGGGCUGGAAGUACUCCACGUUCUCCGGCUUCUUGGUUUUUCCGCUAUAGACACAGAGCCCAGGAUGGUGGGCACGUUGCGAUCUGGACCCAGGAAUCCACUCUUCCUCACAUCCUGAACUUACCAGAAUAGGACACCUUGUUUCCAGCCUCUGUCGGACUGUUACCGUAGAAGAAUGAUUUCCUUCUAAACCUCCAGUAUUUUCUUUGAAUAUUGACCAUUCCUCGGGAACCUGGCCUCUAAUUAGUUUUAGGCAACAAGGUCUUAAGGAGAAAUGAAAUUAUCGAUUUGAGCAAUUUGUACCUGUGAUCGUAAAGUCAAUCUCGGAUUUUAUUGUUGGGACAUUGACUUUUCUUCUCUCGUUUGUACGUUGUAUCGUUGUCCCCUCAGUGCGAGGAGGGCCGCUGACCCCAGAAUGGACGGCAGGUUGCAGGCAGGGCUCAAAGCAAGGAGCCUGCAGAUCACCACCCAUCGGACAGUCCUUGAAAUGUGUUCUUUGUGUGUCUGUUCAGCCUUAAGAAAAAAGAAUGGCUUCACUUUCUUUCUGUAUUUUUCCCCUGGGUGGAUGGGAGGAGUCGGGAGGGGAAGGGACAUUGUGAACCUGUCAGGAAGAGCUUUAUCCGGAGAAGCAAAUUUUGCACGAUCGGACUGCAAAUUCUGUUUUGUAUUGUUUGUGUGUGUGUUUUUUUUUCCCUCAGAAGCUUUAUUUUUUUUCCACACUCAGCUUUCUCUCCUCACCCCUACUUUUACUUUUUGUGCUGGGUCAGGGAGAGAAAAUAUAUGUUAAAUUCCUAGAUGAGACCAAGCAAAACAAAACAAAGAAAAAUACCUGUGUAUUUUGUUUUGGAUGAGACCCAACGAAACAAAAGGUACCUGUCUGUCAACAAACAAAAGGAAGGUGGCAAAUGGACAGUUCUGCUUAUUCUCUCAAAGAGAUGCUCUCAGACGCACCUGCAGAGCUAACAACCUGGAUUUCUUUUUCUUUAACGUGCGCUCUGGAAUACUUCAAGAACCUGGUGUUGCUGGGUGUCCUGAAUGAGGUAAGGUGAGGACGGAGGGGUGACGAGCACAUCUCCUAAGCCCUCGGUCUCUGUGCUGAGGGUGCCUGGAUCUCCCCAGCAGCAGGUCCCAUUUAUCUGGAUCCAUCUCUGCGUGAGCACAUCAGGCACCAGGGAGAGCCACCCUCCCUCAGGAUCCUCUGCUGACCUGCCGAGGAAUGAUCUGGCCCUCCCCUGAGAGCACUUGGCGGGAAGCCACCUGGCAGUCACAGUGGUUGAAAGUACUGGAAGCAGCGCGCUAGCAGCUGUGUCAGAAAUCCUUGUUCUGCCACCUUGUACAACAAUAUUAUUAAUAUACAGCUGAGAGUGGACAGGGGCAGGAUUCGUAUGCCAAGGAAAUGUCACUGAUCCCAAAGCAAUCAAAGAAGAGACCUCAAACCGGAUGCUAAUUUGUCCUUUGUGUAACAAUGUAACCAAAUAUUGAUGAUAAAAGUUAUAAUUUAAGAUUCAGAAUAAAUGGGUUUGAUGUCUG